ACAAGGACAGUGCUGUUCACUUCACGUCCUCCACCAGACGGCGUCGUGGUUGUUGUAGUCAGCGAGGGCGAGUCUGUAGUCAGACGAUGUUGGCUUUAAUUCACUGUUGUCCUCAACUACACUCGUGACCUGCUGACUAUGACUAGUCAUCAGAUGGUCAGCCUGUGUGUCGUUGUGUAUUUCUUGAUGACCGUCAGUGCCGCGUCGUCUGAGAAUCAGUAUGCUCCUGAAAUCACAAGUUACACAGACAAGAAGCUAUUUUCUGCUGGGGAGACAGUUUCUUUGACCUGCAGAAGCAGAAACACUGGAAAUACUCAAAGUGUUUUAAGCUGGCAUAGUUCCCGUAAUGGCGUUCGGAACAUCACACGUCAAGUCUCGGACGGGUCUAUACAGCUCGAUAUUUUACAAAUACCAACUGAAUAUGAUGGGAUGAGUGUGACGUGCGUCGAAACAGGAAACUUGGCGGAAACCCAAUCUUCUAUCACGAUCCGUGUUGACACUUGGGGAUCGUGGAGCAGCUGGACAUGCAGCGUCACCUGUGGAACAGGAACAAUGUCAAGGACGCGUACCUGUACUCCGCCAUCCGCCACGUGCUCAGGUGAUGCCAGUGACAAACAAGAGUGCCAGCGUCCGGCGUGUUGCGUUCCUAGACAUGGACAGUGGUACAACUGGGGCAGCUGGUCUUCAUGUUCUGUGUCUUGUGGUCAAGGAACACGUACAAGGUCAAGGACUUGCUAUGGACAAAACGCCUGUGGACGACCUUGUGAGGGAAACAAUUCUACAGAGGAAUACUGCAACGAUUCGGUGUGUCCGGGUUCACCUGACAUGGCCUCCCUGACCGUCUUCAAUUACAGCAACUACGCUGACCUCAGAUGUCUUGUCGCUAAAGAAUUUGCACAGAAGCUUGAACUCUUGAAGGUUACAAGUAAUGGCACACGGAUAACAAAAACUUUGACAUCUAGAGCAAACUAUGUCGACUUUAGACUUGAUACUAUACAAUGUGAGGAUGCGGGAAUAUACUUCUGUAGAGCAACAAAAGGUUUAAAGAUAGCAAACUCGACUGCUGUACAACUUAACAUACCGUGCUACCCACGGCGGCCUCCUGGCACCCCAACAACACCCGACAGAAUUGAGGUCAUGGAAGGGUCAGGAGCACAGUACACCUUUACAGUGAUCGCUCACCCAGUUCCAACGAUCGAGGAUAUAAGUUAUCACACAGAGGACACUGUGUCGUCUUUACAGAAGGAACCAGUCAGAUCUGAUUUUAUUUCUGGUAAUUGUCAGCAGAACACACCUGAUCUUCACCUGGUUACCUGCUCGUUGUCUAUCACAGACGCCUUGCGGACAGAUGAUGGUCUCUACAGCCUCAAGGUCCGGAACUCAAAAGGACACGUGAACUUAACUUUCGAACUCAGUGUGAUUGGUACGUUUUUGUACUUAGGUAUAUUUUACUGUUUAAGGGUAGAGCUGUCCAAUUGUAGUUUCAUUCGGUUUACUUUUUUUACUCCUUUUAUUCAUGCUCUUUCAUUACUACUUAACUACUGUUGGGUUUUUUUUCUUAGUGUGUUAUUUAUUUGUUUUCCUGUCUCUUUUUCACUGUCCACAUCUCAUUCUUGUUCUUAAACGCUAAGAACAUUAUUCUUAUUAU